CCUGCCCAGGAUACACAACCGGGCCGGCGGCGGCGGCUGCCCCGAGGGACGGGGCCCUAGGCGGUGGCGAUGGGGGCCGUCCGGAUCGCGCCCGGCCUGGCGCUCCUGCUCUGCUGCCCGGUGCUCAGCUCCGCAUACGCGCUGGUGGAUGCAGAUGACGUCAUGACCAAAGAGGAGCAGAUCUUCCUGCUGCACCGUGCCCAGGCCCAAUGCCAGAAGCGGCUCAAAGAAGUCCUGCAGAGGCCAGCUGACAUAAUGGAAUCAGACAAAGGAUGGGCAUCUGCAUCCACAUCAGGGAAGCCUAAGAAAGAGAAGGCAUCUGGGAAGCUCUACCCGGAGUCUGAGGAGGACAAUGAGGCGCCCACUGGCAGCAGGCACCGAGGGCGCCCCUGCCUGCCCGAGUGGGACCACAUCCUCUGCUGGCCGCUGGGGGCACCAGGUGAGGUGGUGGCCGUGCCCUGUCCCGACUACAUUUAUGACUUCAAUCAUAAAGGCCACGCCUACCGACGCUGUGACCGCAAUGGCAGCUGGGAACUGGUACCUGGGCACAACCGGACAUGGGCCAACUACAGCGAGUGUGUCAAGUUCCUGACCAAUGAGACGCGUGAACGGGAGGUGUUUGACCGCCUGGGCAUGAUCUACACUGUGGGCUACUCGGUGUCGCUGGCCUCCCUCACCGUGGCCGUGCUCAUCCUGGCCUACUUCAGGCGGCUGCACUGCACGCGCAACUACAUCCACAUGCACCUAUUCCUGUCCUUCAUGCUUCGCGCGGUGAGCAUCUUCGUCAAGGACGCGGUGCUCUACUCGGGCGCCACGCUCGAUGAGGCCGAGCGCCUCACCGAGGAAGAGCUGCGCGCCAUCGCCCAGGCACCCCCGCCUCCCGCCGCCGCCGCCGCCGGCUACGCCGGCUGCAGGGUAGCCGUGACCUUCUUCCUUUAUUUCCUGGCCACCAACUACUACUGGAUUCUGGUGGAGGGCCUGUACCUGCAUAGCCUCAUCUUCAUGGCCUUCUUCUCAGAGAAGAAGUACCUGUGGGGCUUCACGGUCUUCGGCUGGGGUCUGCCCGCUGUGUUCGUGGCUGUGUGGGUCAGCGUGAGAGCCACCCUGGCCAACACGGGGUGCUGGGACCUGAGCUCCGGGAACAAGAAGUGGAUCAUCCAGGUGCCCAUCCUGGCCUCUAUUGUGCUCAACUUCGUCCUCUUCAUCAACAUCGUCCGGGUGCUCGCCACCAAGCUGCGGGAGACCAAUGCCGGCCGGUGUGACACACGGCAGCAGUACCGGAAGCUGCUCAAAUCCACACUGGUGCUCAUGCCGCUCUUCGGCGUUCACUACAUCGUCUUCAUGGCCACGCCAUACACCGAGGUCUCAGGGACGCUCUGGCAAGUCCAGAUGCACUACGAGAUGCUCUUCAACUCCUUCCAGGGAUUCUUUGUCGCCAUAAUAUACUGUUUCUGCAAUGGCGAGGUGCAGGCCGAGAUCAAGAAAUCCUGGAGCCGCUGGACGCUGGCCCUGGACUUCAAGCGGAAGGCCCGCAGCGGGAGCAGCAGUUACAGCUACGGCCCGAUGGUGUCUCACACGAGCGUGACCAAUGUAGGCCCCCGCACGGGGCUCGGCCUGCCCCUCAGCCCCCGCCUGCUGCCCGCCACCACCAACGGCCACCCCCCGCUGCCGGGCCACAGCAGGCCGGGGGCCCCAGCCCCCCAGGCCACACCACCUGCCGCGCCUGCUCCCAAGGACGACGGGUUCCUCAAUGGUUCCUGCUCGGGGCUGGACGAGGAGGCCUCAGCGCUUGAGCGGCCGCCCGCCCUGCCACAGGAAGAGUGGGAGACCGUCAUGUGAUCCGGGACCCAGGCCAGGGUUGGACCCGUGGGCAUAAGGGCUGACAGACGGACCAAGGGACGGGGUGGUUGGACGGUUGCCCACUCAGGGCUGGGGCUGAGAAGACAAAA